AUGCCUGUCACACUUUACCCUUCCGGUGUUAAACCAGAAGAUUACAAAUAUGGCGACUCGAGAGCAAAAGACCAUGCCGACAUCCUCCGGGUCCCUCUCCAGAAGGGGGUUCCAUACAUAUGCAAGGAAGUCUUUCAAUCGACGUUCAACCAGGAACUCAUGGACUCCCGGAAGAUCCACCCGUCGUCUAGUUCUUUCGUCUACGCUGCUAUGAACGCGUAUAACCACCACCACCACCUCGUCAUACGCCCAGAUGAUGUAUGGAUCACAAUUUUGACACAAUUCUCCCUUUAUGUCAACAAAAACGCUGAGGAGCUCCGUUCCCACUUCGUAGCCCACGAGGGGAAGAAGAAACUCACGGUUACUACUGCGGGAAGCCGAUAUACCGUAAAUUUCGGUGCUCUAGCUGUUCGAAUGGGGGAAUUGAUCGAGCAAAACGUUGUUGAUCCUGACCUUCGCACAUGGUUAAUUCCGGAUUUUACCACUACUGAAGAAAAUGACAAGAUUGUUGCAUCGGUCCUCAUGAUGGCAACCCUCCAGAGCUAUUUCGCUUAUGGGUUUCAACUUGCCUGCGGCCUUCCCGGUGUCACAAUGCUCGGGGAGAAGUCCGAUUGGGAAGCUCUCUUGCAGAAGAUCGACAAAUUCGAGGCUUUUGGAGAAGAACCCACGUUUUUCGCCAAGUUACUUCGUCCAAUUUUGAAACGUUUCGUAUUGUGCUUUGAGAACCCAGAGUCACCAGACUUGAAGGAGUUCUGGCAAACGGUGGUUACCCGACAUGGGGGUGGAAGUGGUCCACGAUACCUUGGUGGUUGGAUAACCGCAUUUUGUCUUUGGUCUGAUAAAGGAGCCAUGCAAUACCAUACUAAUCGCAAGAGCUGGGGCCAGCAGGUGGAAACCCUUAAGUUAGAUGGGGAAGUUUACGGUCUUCUCGAAGAUCACGAUGUGACUGGAGGUUACGCUCACGUCCCAGUCGAACUUAAUGAUAACGGAGAAAAGUUAGACACUGUGAUGAUAGCUGGAAUGGUCGCAAUUGAGUCAAGGCCAACAGUCGAGCGGGAUGAGAAAUGGGAACAAGCAAACCUCCAAUUGAAGGCAGAAGGGAAAAAAUAUGAAGGCCCGGUGUGUUCAGUCAUUCAGCCAUUGGCAGGAUGGUGGAUCUUCCAUGGCGAAGAACCACAAGAGGAUCCAAAUGACACGAACGCUAUACUUCGACGAAUGCUAGGCCAUGGAUGUGGCCAACUAGACUAG